AUGUUAGCGUGUAGCUACUUCCCACAACAACAUGACUGUGAAGAAGAGGAGGGUCUGGAUGAGCAGCAGGUUUGUAACCAGGAGAGGAACUCCAGUCUGGACGAGGAGGACCCAGAGCCUCCACAGAUUAAAGAGGAACAGGAGGAGCUCUGCAGCAGUCAGGAGGGAGAGCAGCUUGGACUGAAGCAGGAGGCUGAAGGCAUUAUCAUCUGGACUGAUGAAGAGCAGCUCAGACAGAUGGAGACUAUCUGGAAACCUGAGAUAAAGUUACACAGAAUAGAUGUUGUACAGCAGCAUGCUUUUGAGGAAGAAGAUGUUCUUACAGACCAGCAGGUCUGUAACCAGGAGAGGAACUCCAUUCUGGACCAGAAGGACCCACAGCCUCCACAGAUUAAAGAGGAACAGGAGGAAGUGUGCAGCAGUCAGGAGGGAGAGCAGUUUGGACUGAAGCUGGAGGCUGAUACUUUCAUGGUGACACCCACUUAUGAGGAAAGUUCCCACAGUGAACCAGAACCAAAAAGUGAGCAGCUCCUUUCUCACAGCUUUUCUAGAGCAGAGAGCCGAGAUUAUGAAGAAAGCCAGCAUGUGGACUCAGGAUCUUCUAGAGGUACGGAGCUGAAGAACAGACGUCCAAGUAGAACGAACACAAAGAACAAGUCUAUUCAAUGUGAUGUCUGUGGAAAAACUUUACCGGAUAAAUACAGAAUGACUGCACAUCUAAGAGUUCACACAGGUGAGAAACCGUAUUCUUGUAGCACCUGUGGGAAAAGAUCUUCUGACUCAUCAGCGUUAAAAAAACACAUGAGAAUUCACACAGGUGAGAAACCAUAUUCUUGUAGCACCUGUGGGAAAAGAUUUGCUGACCCAUCAGCGUUCAAAAAACACACGAGAAUUCACACAGGUGAGAAACCAUAUUCUUGUAGCACCUGUGGGAAAAGA